AUGCGGUGGGCCUUAGAGGCGGUGGCGGCCGCGACUGCGGAAGCGGCGGCGGUAGUCGGGUCGACGACCUACGACUGUAGGGGGCCCACCGCUGUCCUGGCACCCCCGGCGCCCGCGGCGCUACCUGCAGCGGCAGCAGCAGGCGGAUCGGGCUGCAGCAGGGGAUGGGGCAGCGCCUGGGGUGGCUGCAGGCGGUCCACGGCCACGGCCCCCGCGCCCCCGGCGCCCGCGGCCCUGCCUGCAGCGGCAGCAGAGGCCGGAUGGGCUGCAGCAGGGGAGGGGGCGGCGCCUGGAGCGGCUGCAGGGGCAUGCGACUGCGGCCCCCGCGCCUCCAGCGCACGCAGCCCCGGCGCCCGCCCCUGCAACGGCCACGGCAGCGCCGUCGGGCACAGGUUCGAGCAGGGCUAG